AUGCCUGACAAACUAAGAAUUGUUUUAGAGAGAGAACAAUCCUCUUCAAUUGUGGGAAUGAUGAAGGUGGCACAAAAAAAUCAGAGAAUUGAAGAGGAUGUGUCCAAGUUCACCUCUAUUACGUCUUCUUCCAGUUUUCCCAAGGCCACAGGUGCAUCAAAAGAAAGUGGAACAUUGAACAGCUUUUGGAAACCAGUAGAAAAACAGCAGGUGGAUGAUGCAUUCGUUGAUUUGUUCUAUACAAGUGCCAUCCCAUUCAAUGUGGCAAGAAACCCUCUUUAUCGUGAUGCAAUCCAAAAAGCUGCAGAGUUUGGAAAAGGGUACACACCUCCAGGUUCAAAGGCUUUGAGGACAACUCUUUUAGAGAGGUCAAAAGAUAGAGUGACAACAAAAUUAGUCGAGGUCAAAGCCUCUUGGAAGGUAACAGGUUGCACUAUCUUGGGCGAUGGAUGGUCAGAUAUAUGUCAAAGGCCAUUGAUUAAUGUUUUAGUAGCUUCCCCUGAAGGUUUUGUGUUUUUUAAAGUGAUUGACACCAUGAACCAUAAAAAAACUUCAGAGUAUAUUUUUCAGAUAUUAGAGGAAGCCAUUCUUGAAGUAGGGGCAAAAAAUGUGGUUCAGGUGGUCACUGAUAGUGCGGCCAAUUGUGUGGGAGCUGGGAGGCUGAUUGUAGAGAAAUAUCCACAAAUAUAUUGGAGCCCAUGUGCAACCCAUUGUCUAGAUUUGUUGCUUCAUGACUUGGCCAAAUUCCCAUGGAUACAUGAAGCAAUUCAUCGAGGAAGAGCAAUUGCAAAUUUUAUUAGAAAUCAUCGUCUCACAUUGAGCUUGUACAGGCAACAUGCAACUAGGGAGUUGUUGAGGCCUUGUGACACACGGUUUACUUCAUUUUAUAUCACUUUGAAAAGAGUGGUUGAAGAGAAAACAGCUUUGGGAUCAAUGAUUUGUUCCAAUGAGUGGGAAAGUUCAACACUUUCUAAGAGUGCUAAGGGAAAGAACAUAGAGCACAUCAUUUUAAACAGUAGCUUUUGGGAAAGUGGAGCAAAGGUUUUGAAUAUAUGUGGGCCAAUUGUUGGUGUUCUUCACCAUGUUCUUCACAUGGUGGAUAGUGACACUCCUUGCCUUGGCAUGCUUUAUGAAAGCAUGGACCCUUGUAAGGAAUCUGUUCAGAGAGCACUCAAUAAUGUAGAAGCAGAUUACAUGGAGAUAUGGGAGAUAGUUGAUGCCAGAUGGAAAAUGAUGCACACACCUUUACAUGCAACAGCUUGCUAUUUGGAGCCUAAGUUAUUUUGUAUUGAUAGACAAGCUGAUUUUGAAAUUAUGUCAGGGCUUUAUGAAGCCAUUAGCAAGUUUGAACAAAAUCGAAAAACUUCAACUCUAAUUAGAGGCCAGUGCUAG